CCCUAGCCAACUUAACAUACUCAGUCAAAUCACACAAAAUAGAGAAGAGGGUGAAAUCACACAAAGUGGAGAAAGACAUUAUUUAAUCAAUGGUGAAGAGUUACUUGAGGUACGAGCCGGCGCUCUCGUUUGGAGUGAUAACAUCAGGAGUUAUUGAGUAUGACAGGUCAGGGAAACACUUGCUAGCUGCAGCUUUAGAGAAAAUAGAUUUAUGGCAUGUGAGGCAAGGUGUUUGUACCAAAAUCCUAGCUCCAUCUAACUCGAAAAAAGGACCUUCCCUUGCAGUUACAGCAAUUGCUUCCUCUUCUACAUCAUCCCAUAUAGCAAGUGGUUAUGCUGAAGGAAGCAUUAGAAUCUGGGAUUCCGAGAAAGGGAUAUGGUCUGUUGGGUUCUCUAUAGAUGUGUAG